GUUAUAGAUCAUAAAAGGUUCCUUCUUUUACACAAGAGCUAUUUGAGUACUGACUGUUCUCGUUCAAUCUUUGAGUAGUGUGUUGUUUUUUAUUGUGUUAGUGAGUUAUUUCAUCUAUCUGUAGCUGGAAGUGGCCGACUUCACAACCCAUCGAAACGACCCAAAAUCUCCUAUCAUACCUAACCAACAAUAUCAUAACAAAAAAAAUAUCAUUUUCAGAAAUGGCUCGUUUAGCUCACUUUCCCCUUCACACCAUAAAAUUCGUGGUCGCCUUUUGCAAUUAAAGAAAUACUUAAUUUACUCAGCCAAUUCGCAACGGUCAGUCCAACGGAUAGGCCUAUUCUCUUACUUUUAUCUCCCCCUUCCCCUUCAUCUAAUGGCGGAUCGACUUCCACCGCCAUCUCCCCCUCCGUCUUCCUCGAAUGAGGUAGAUGAGGGACACGAUCCCCUGGCUCAGGCAGGGGAUGUAGUAAAAAACAAUAAAAUUAAGCAGUCCCUGAGCUUUGCGGAGAUGGCCCGCAAAAGCUUAUCCAAGAAAGAAGUGCAGACCAGUUGGAAUGCACUUCGUAAGAACGCAGUUGUCCGUGCGUUCAGCACAGAGGUUGAGGAGCACUCUGUGUUUUUCACCCCACACCACGCUCCCACCACCUUCGCUGUCAAGUAUGACAGGAAGACUCACCUCGUCUCUGACGUGGUGGAGGCCAUUCGCCUGGCUUUCCCCAAGGCAGUUGGUCUUGACCCUGUUGUCCCAGGGGUCGUAGUGGUUCUCGUGAGGACACAAAAAGAGGUGGACGAGGCCAUUGCGUCUCCUCCUCUCCCCUGCAAUCCUGCUCCUGUCAGAGCAUAUCAUACGGUCCAUUCCACAGGAAGCCGACUCAGGAUUCGGGUUGACCGAAUCACCCUCUCUACUCCGGAGGAUCGUCUGGAGUAUAUCAAAAAUAUCUUUGGUAAAUUUGGCCGUGUAAUCCACACCAAGUUCCAUUACGUCAAGGGAUCGGAGACUCUUUUGCUCCCUUCCUUCGAAUUUGUGUUAGAGCUCUCUGGGGACUCCCCUCGAGACCUCCUUAUCCCCCGCGUGGCCCAAGCUGAGGGCAUUAACACGCUUUUCCACUGGUAUGGGCCCCAGUACUGCUACAAGUGUGGUGAGGAGAACCACGUCAAGCAGUCCUGCCCCCAACCACCCGAGUUCGACCUCCUCUCGGCCCCUAAAAGAGUCAUUAUGGCUCGCGCGUUCUUGCCUGCGAACGCGCCCGCAAGGGCCCUCCUGCGGUCCCUCAAGCUCCCAAGGUUACCAAGGGUCCCAAGGUCAACAAGGACAUCCCAUCCCUCGACAAGGAGGAAUGGACAACUGUCACCUCAACCAAGAGGGAAAAGGGAUCAAAGAGGAGUCGUACGACUUCUUCACAUUGCUUGCUGUAUACUCAUUAUACAUUACUCAUUUUAGUACCUGCUCUCACGUCGCUGCCAACUAGUAUAAAUAGCUAGCACCAUCGUAGCAACUUAGGAGACUUUAGAUAAUAAACAUCCUCAG